GGGGCCCUGGGGUCAGAUGAUCAAUAUACUUAUUUCGUAAGGCUGCCUCGAGGACGAUUCGAGUUCUCCCAGGACCUACAGCUCUUAGUAAGUUAACGCAGGGCUGAUAUUUGAAGACCUACCCAACAUGCUGUAGAUUCACCGUUAUCUACAACACCCACAACAAUGCACCUGCAGACCCCAUUUUAUGGCUCACCAUUCUCACUAGAUUCGGCAGGUGUUGCCGGCUUUUUUGGCGGCGAUGAAACACUCUCAGCCAUGGGUACUGUACAUCUGUACCGCGGCCGAAGAUGGCUGGGGUGGUACAACUCCCCAGGGAGCUAUACGGUCGCCAAAAGAUACGGCCAGUUAGCCAACUCCCGAUUCUGGGAUGGACUAUUCCCAGGUCCAAAUUCCGAACCAGCUGAAACGUUUGGCCUGGAUGGCAAAGCUGGGCCGCGAUAUGUCGCUUCGCUGUCUGGUACAGAUAUGACGACGGGGCACCUCGGAUACCUCACAAUACAGAUGAGCAAGGAGGUGGAAGACAUGGCGGUUCAGGGAAAAGCCAGCACGGAGACAUUACCUGCAUCAGUGACUGUCAUCCGUGUCGGAGAGGUCAUGGAUAUGGAUGAAGUGGGGAUGAUGAGCACCCAUCACGCACUACUAGCCACGAUACCUAUAACCAUCAGCGUCAUGACAUGCUUCUCAUGUGCUAUCUUUGACGACUGGUAUGCCUUCAGCCUUAUCCUUCUCGGCAUCAUUUCAAGUGGCAUAACCUGCUUCGUGAUCGGUACUGCGAGGCUCCAUCUCCGGGGACCCAAAACUGUGACCCCGGGGGUCCCUCCAGGGGAUGGACUGCUUCUGACCCCGCGCGAUGUCGUCGUUCUGAUAGGUUCGGAGAAAGAUGUGAAUGUGAUAACGAAGGGUCAUUUCUUGCUGAGCAUGCAUGGCAAACCAGAGUACCAGAACGUUGGACUGUGUUCACUCCUUUUGCUAGCACAAUUCUUGCUACAGCUCCUCUUGAUCCCCCAAGCGACACUCUUCGGUCAAAUGAUGUUUCUCGCCUCGUGUGCGGCGUCUUGGGUCUACAACUCGUUCCUCUCUUCACUCGAGAGCGAAAAGAUACAAGGAGACCUGCUUUGCAAGGCGCUGCAGGUUGAAGGACGCGCGAUCCAGAAGUAUUGCCUCCAUAAUAGGAGGAGCCAAGCUGUUUUCGCCUGCUCUAUUCUCAGCGAUGGAAACGAGACAAACGAAGACUUUGACGCGGAGCGUAUGUUGUCGUUGUUCGUGCCGAACAAGACGAGGGUUUGGAAUCUUUGGAGAAAAAAGGUUGCAGCGCAGUUGAAAUCUACCUGUCCAGACAAAAAAUUCCAUGUGACAGCAGAGGAGAAGGAAGGUUUAUGCGAAGAACACUGCAGAUUGCUGAAGACCUUCCUAGAUGAUGCCGAACUUGCGUUUAAGGCUUACUACGAGCGCGUUCGUUAUCCGCGUUCCAUAGACAACUGGGAAGAAAAGAUUGUAUGAAUAAUCGAUAUGCAUGACUAGAGUUAUCGCUUAGAAGGUCUCCUGAAUUACGAUCGCAAUUGACACCCAUCAUACUGUAAACAUCGAAGAAUUGACUGAAACAAAAUGCGGGCUCGCCGUCAGUCUCAGCAAUACCAGGAACGCGCACGGAAUGCUAUUGCUAAAGCCGAGGCGCCGAAGCGUAGGUUGGAAUACCAAUAUGCCCAGUAC